AUGGCGGACCAGGAUGGCAUGCGACUCUUCUGGGUUCAGCUUUCCCUCCUGCUCCCGUGCCUCAUCUUCACUGGCUUGAGGAUAUAUGUCCGUGCCGUUAUGGGGCGAGAUUUUUCCGCCGACGACUGGAUCAUCGUCUUUGCCACCCUGCUCUACGUCGGCUCCAGCUCCAUCACGAUGCGAGGGGCGGCCGCCGGGGCCAUGGGCCAGGAGCACGGGACCUUUUCCGCCGAGAAGCUCAAGGCAUCCCUCAAGGGCAUAUUCCUCUGCGAAGUCUUCUACCCGCCCAUGACGCUCGCCAUCCGCCUCUCCGUCUGCCUCUUUCUGCUGAGGAUCGUGACGAGGAGAGUGCACCGAUACACCAUCCACGCCCUCCUCGUCACCGUCUCGCUGGCCUCGGUUGCCUACUUCCUGACUCUGGUCUUCCAGUGCGUGCCGCCGUCGUAUUUCUGGAACCAGAUCGAGCACGGCGCGGAAGGCCACUGCCUGAGCCAGGGUGUCCUCAUAUCCGUUGCCCUCAUUCACGGAUCCAUAUCUGCCCUCUCGGCCUGGGUCGUUGGUCUGCUGCCCAUCGUCAUGCUCUGGAACGUGAGGAUGGACCUGCGCUCCAAGAUCACCGUCAUCGUGCUGCUGGGCAUGAGCCUCAUCGCCGGAAUCACUCUCAUCGUGCGGCUGACCAUGCUGCGAUCGACGGAAUUUCUCACUUCCCACUACUUUCACGUUACCAUGAGAACGGCUCUCUGGUCGAUGAUUGAACCCAGCGUCGGCAUCAUCGCCGCCUCGGUGCCCACACUACGACCCCUUUUCAGGAAACUGACGCCAAAGUCGUCUCGAUCGCACCAGUCCAUGGGCAGAAAUGCUCGCUCCCGCGUGGCAGUCGAGUCCAAGUCUCGCUGGCUGGAGCUCACGGCCCGCGACGCCCGAGAUGACGAACUGAUGAGAAACGACAGCAAAGAGGAAGGCUCAGCAUCCUCGGCUGGAAAAGGCAUCGUCGUCUGGACCACCUCGGUAGCGCAGGGCGAUAUUCACUACAAGCCUCCGAGGGAGGGCAUCAGCAUUCAGACCUCGAUAGAAGUGACCUCGACGAUCCGCGACUGA